AUGGAACCGAGCCCAGUUUAUAUCCUCACGGAGCAUUUGACGCUGCGGAUUCUCGAUAUCAUUUCAGCCACCGGACAAGUUGAACCGGCGAAAAUCACCGGGAACAGCCUUCUUGUGUCAAUUCAGGUAUCGACUCAGUCCACUGAAGAUUUGGGUAUGAAGGUAAGAUCGUCAGUUAAGAAAAUGUGUGAGUUCUGUCAAAUAUUUAAACGCCGGGGCAGAGUUUAUGUGAGAUGCUCUGUCAAUCCUAAGCACAAGCAACGACAGGGGUUGUCAACCUUUGCAUACGAAGGACUUGCACCUCGCACAUCCAGCGAGACAAGUUGCAAGCCAGAGAAUGCACUUGCAAGCAACAUUCAAGCUGGUCUGCCUUCUCUUAUAUCCAGGAAUACUCCAGCAUCCGUGACUCCAUGGUGGAGAGUUGGUCUUGCAUCAACUCUGCUCAAUCGUACCACAAAGCUGUAG